GUGCACCGGCGGUGGACCCCGGCAGUAUUUUCACUGGCGCAGCCUCACAGUUGUUCUCUCGCUGCACACAGAGACACUCCGCAUGUACACCCCCGGCGCUGUGCUGGACCGCAAGUGCGUGCGCCCCUACAAGCUGCCCCCCACAGAGAGCUGCCCCGGCGUUGAGAUCCAGCCCGGAGAAGGCAUCUGGGUGCCGGUGCACGGCAUUCACCACGACCCAAGGUACUACGAGGACCCCGGACGUUUCGACCCCGAGCGCUUCAGGCCAGAGAACAAGCACCUCAUCAAACCGUUCACGUACUACCCAUUCGGGUCCGGACCUCGCGUCUGCAUCGCCCAGAGGUUCGCGCUGAUGGAAACCAAGGUCGUGAUGACGCACCUGCUGUCGCGGUUCAGCUUCUGCGUGCUGGAGGAGGCGCCCGUGCCGCUCGUGAUCCAGCCCGACAACCUGUCGCUCGGCAUCAAGGGCGGCGCUUGGGUUGGCAUUCGGCGUAGGUCUUGAACACUUGUCUGACGUGCGAGAGAGUGAACUCGAGUAUUGCGAUACUACGACGAACUGCGUCAAGAAAUAAUUUGUAGUUAUUACAGUUAAGCUCAGAAUACGUUAUAUGACAAAUGAGAAGUUAAGAGGAUGAAAAUAUCAGAAGAAUCCAGUCUCCACCUGUAAAAGUCUCUUCUCAAGACUUUACGAUGACUCCCGAAGAUUUUCACUGAAUGCAGUACAAUGUAUUCAAACUGAGUCACGGCAGAUACUCGGAACGUGUCGAUCACGUAAGGGCGACCGCCACAUACGACACUGAAAGUCGCUUCCUGUAAUCGCUUCUUCUCAAGAACUGCUAAAAUAGUUUUGAAUACGGAGUAAAAAUUAAUUACGAUGAGAAUACUCUGUCAUUAGUGUUAUCUACCAUUGUAAUGACGUAACGGGAAUCUAAUGGAUUAAUCUUAGCUUUUG